AUGUCGCACGCGCGCACUACCGCUCUGUUAUACGCGUACGCGCUCGUUGCGAACGCUGCUGCUGACGCUGCGCCUGCGCUGGCAGCACCGAUCCGGUCCGACCAUAGAGGAUCGAAAAUGGUGCAAGAAGAGACAAUAGUAGUCAGAAGGCUGCCGAACGCGUAUUUUUACCCAUUUAGUUUAUGGCCCUUGCCGAAGUUUCCAGUAAGAGAACACGAAGCAACGCACGAAGCCAGAAAUUAUAGAAGAAGUUAUAACAUUAAGAGGCAAAAUGAAAGAUAA